CAACAAUUCUUAUUGGCAUGGGAACUUUCUAGUUCUCAGGAAAUCGCUGAGUUCUUUAGUCAAAAAGAUUGCCAAAUACACAAAAAGAAAUUUCACAAAGCAGGGGUAAAGAAGUAAUUCGUUUAGCGGAGCAGUUUUUUAGAAACGGCCUACGGCAAGUCGAAGCUGGCUACGUCCCUGACGACUACAUACUGCUGUCCUCCGAAAUUAGGUCUGCCAAAUAAAGUGGCCUUGCAAGAGUUCGAGUUCACAGUGAGCAGGUCUUGGGAAAGAGAUCUCAGUUAUCAUCUUUAGUUGAAUUGUCACAUCCUAACUAAUGCCUCCUUUUCUCAUGGAAAAAAUCAUUCACGUUAUUCAAUUUCAAGAAAAUCGGUUAGUUUUAAUUUCGGGAGAAACCCUUCUCGUUUCAUCAACUGCGUCGCCACUGUAAAAAGUUUCUAAAGCUGGCGUUUCGAAGGUCUGACGCUCGAAAAAUCAGCUUUAAAAAAAACAUUACGUUAGCCAAUUUACAUCAUCAACUCGGUUGAUUUAACCAAGAAACUUAACUCCCCACCCCCUCGCUUACUCGGCCUCUUGCCAAGUAGUAGUCCUGGCCCAUCAUUUUUAUGCUAGGGAAUUUAUUGAUUUGGCAAAGUGAGUUUAUAUGUGAUUGAACUAUCUCCAUUGAGAAGAAAGAAAAAAAUCUGAGCAGAAACUAAACAUUCCAGUGUAUUACAGUAUUACUUUUUCGUUCCAGCCGUUUCGUGCAUUCUGUUCGUCUCGAAAUGACAACGUCAAACGACUGCCUGACGGUACCCCUAACACGAAAAUUCGGCAGCAUGCCGGCACUGGCUCAAAAAUCCGCCACAUCACUUGACUUCCACGACGAAGGAUUUAAGCCUCGCAGAGUAUCUGGAAGCUCUGACCCAGAAAAGACUGGAACCACACUUUGCGAAUCACAGGGAGUCCACGGGCUACCCCUUCUCAAGGUAUCUUUCGAAACACCCGCCAACAGCGCCUACGGCGCAGACAUUUGGCGGGAAAAUGGACGGCACACAACUUUAGGGGUGUCCCGGAUGGAUGCAAGUGAAAGUAAAACACCAAAUAAGGGAACAAGGGCCUUUGGGAGUGCUGGGAAAUGGAAGCCGGACGAGGCUCUAACAUUUUUGCCCAGUCGAUAUUCAGAAUGGUUCAACAGGAGUUCAUCUUUGAAUUAUAGAAUAGGGGUGAAGACUGCUGACACUAGUGCUAAACCACAAGCACAGCAGUCCAGAGGGCAAAACAGGACGGCUAAUACUGGACAAACCGCGAAGGGCAUGAAAGCAAGAAAGUCACUACUUCGCAGAAAAACAGAUACUCCGAAGAAAACAGCUACGACAGACAAUGACGGUGAAAAAUAUUCACAAGUAACACCCCUGAAUAGGGUGGGUAAUUCUCAGGACUACAGACAAAAAUGUAUCCAGUGGUUGCAAUCUUUACCAGACACUAAUACGCUAGCUAUGAAUUUGCGUUGAGACAAUCGUUGGAACAUUCAAGAAAAUGAAAGUUUUCUUCCUUCAUGCUAAAUUCAAGUUCUCUCCUCUUUUCAUCGUAGAGCAUCUUGAAUCUGAAAUUUGAAGAAAACUCUCGUCGUUCUCUUAACCAGACAUAUCUGCAUGGCAGUGGCCAGUGUCUGCUCGCUACACACACACACACACACACAAAUAAAAAUCCUAAAAUAUCCAUCGUGUAGUUAUCGAAGUUUAAAAGCCAAACAAACUAGACAGCGACACCAAUUAAAGGUAAAACUAAAAGUGAAAUUCUUGUCUAUUGGUUGUUUCCGUGUGACUUGAUGUAAUUGUCAAGUCUCUUACAGCCGCUGUUUGAUUCGUCACGCUUCCACCACUAGAAUACUUGGCGGGGGAGGGAGGCUUGGUGGCAUUGUUACGGGGCAAUAUGAUCACAUCUACAGUCACAAAGUUGGGUAAGAAAAUUGGGGAAGUGUCACUGUAAUCCUUCUCCUUUUCCGCGCAGGUGAUCAUUCGCGUUUGUGACCAACGUCAUGAUUCAAAACCCCUUUUUCUUUCCGGUCGCCAUGUCGGCUAAAUAUCAGAACAAAUUCAUGCAGUACGUUUCUUUCGAUAUCUGACGUUUCGGACAACAUGCAUAUAUGCAGACUGAAAACUUAAAAAAUUGACCCGUUUAGUCCCCAUCUAUAAAACCGACCAACUUUCCAGCUUCUGU